ACCAUUUCAGCUGAAAGUUGUUCAGAGCAAUUUGCUGACUGUUCUGUGAACGUGGAUUUUCAGGAUUACACGGCGAAGCUGUCGGACUUCGGGCUGGCCAAGGAGGGUCCCAAGGGGGACGACACGCACGUGACGACGCGGGUGAUGGGCACGCACGGCUACGCCGUGCCGGAGUACAUCAUGACGGGCCACCUCACGGCGAAGAGCGACGUGUACAGCUUCGGCGUCGUGCUCCUGGAGCUGCUCACGGGGCGGCGCUCCGUCGACAAGAACCGCCGCGGCCGGGAGCAGAACCUCGUGGACUGGGCGCGCCCCUACCUCCGCCGCGCCGACGACAGGCUGCACCGCAUCAUGGACCCCGGCAUGGAGUCGCAGUACUCCACGCGCGCCGCGCGGGGCGCCGCCGCCGUCGCGCACUCCUGCCUGCAGAGCCUGCCCAAGGCGCGCCCGCGCAUGCGCGACGUCGUGGAGGCGCUCGAGCCCCUGCUCGCGCAAGAUGACGACGUGCCCAUGGGCCCCUUCGUGUUCACGGUCGGCGGCCGCGCCGCAGAGUCCGCGCCCGCGGCGGCAGCAGCGAACGGCGUCGGGGACGACGAGCCACCGUGGCGUCCUCCUUCCUGGACCUCUACAGGAACCAUGGCGGGCGGCGACGGCGACCAUGGCGGACGGCGCGCGUGCGUGGGUGACGGCUGA